GGUACAGCUCACUCACUCACAUUCGCUUAGAGCUAGAGAGAGAAAUCGCCAGACUGCGCAGGCUAGUCAUAUUCGAGGACCACAUCGUGCGAGCUACGCUGCAGUCCAGAAUAGGAACAUUGAUUCAUUUUGACGCUCUUUUUGUGAGUGAUCCGGCGGGUUUCGCUUUCGUUGGCUAUCUGUUGACUGGAAUAAAUAGUUUUAUAGUAUUCGAACUGAAUAGUCUAAUGCUCAUUUUUAAAUGGAUAACGCCCCAGCGGUAACCUUCUCUAGUGACAUGGAAAUGCGCCGCAGUGGACUUACCAAGUCUUUGGGUGGCUUUGAAGACAACUGAUUAAAAUAGAUCACCUAAGUUAAAACUCACUUAUCUAGUCGCGCCAAACAUGGAGACUCCAUCAAGCUUUCAGCCUCAUCCAGGACUUCAGCAAACUCUGAAGCAGUUUCAUUUGAGUUCCAUGAGCUCUCUUGGUGGACCGGCGGCGUUCUCCGCUCGGUGGCACCAGGAAAUUCUGUUCAAUAAAGAUGGAAAAACAGCUGAACUGAUGCUGUCAAUGCCUGCACAGACACCCCCUGUUAUGUCGGGUCCGUUGUUCAUUCCAUCCGACCGCACCACCGAAAGGUCCGAAACUGUCCUAGAGCGUGAGCCAAUUUCAUGUUUCGUUGUUGGCGGCGAGAAACGACUGUGUCUGCCGCAGAUUCUCAACAGUGUCCUGCGGGAUUUCUCGCUUCAGCAGAUCAACUCUGUGUGCGACGACCUGCAUAUCUACUGCUCCCGGUGCACGGCGGACCAGCUGGAAAUCCUCAAAGUAGUGGGUAUCCUGCCCUUCUCUGCCCCAUCUUGCGGACUGAUCACUCAGACGGAUGCUGAGCGCCUCUGCAAUGCCCUUAUUUACGGAGGUUCCUAUCCUCCUCACGGCAACAAGGAGCUGUCUGGCUCCAUAGAGUUGGAAAGAACGGAAAAAAGCUUUAAAGUAUACCAUGAAUGUUUUGGUAGGUGCAAGGGGUUAUUUGUCCCAGAACUAUAUUCCAAUCCCAAUGCAGCUUGUAUCCAAUGCAUGGACUGUAGACUUAUGUACCCUACUCACAAGUUUGUGGUCCAUAGCCACAAAAGACUAGAGAACAGGACAGUGCAUUGGGGAUUCGACUCAGCUAAUUGGCGGGCCUAUGUUCUCCUGGACGCGGACUAUACAGGGAAAGAAGAAAAGACUAGGCUGGAGCAGCACCUGAAAGAAAUCAAAGGCAAAUUUGACUUCGUGAGCAAGUUCUCAAACAAAUCAUGCAGAUCUCAUAGCCCAGUCCCAGCCAAGAAGUCCAAACUGGAGAAAAUACACUCUCCAUCAGCUGACAAAGAGAAGCAAUGUGACUGGCUACAGCCUCUUUCACAGUCAGGGAACAAGGAUUUGAAAGCGGUCCAGAUGAAACCAAGGCCGUCUGCCUUCCGCCCCUGGUCGCCCAGAAGUCCGUCCGCUGAGAAGGAGAAGUCUACAAGUCAUAAUGAGAGUUACAGAUCAAACCGCAAAAGUGCAGACACGUCUGCGGUUUCCGACGGAGCCCCGACUCCGUUGGCCUAUCAGAGGGAUGCCUCUGGGGACCGCCGGCCGGUUCCAGGAAGUGGAGACCGGGACUUCAGCGCCAAGCCAGACAACAGGGUGGAGGACGUGGAGACCGACGGGGAGAUCCAGGUGGAUGACUGCGAUGACCACCCACCGGCCGUGCCCUCCUUGGGACCCCCUCCUGCUGGCGCCGUGAGGCCCCUGGAGGGUCCAGUCCGGCUGGGAUUGCCAGGCACCCUGUCAUGCCCCGAGCUGGACUCACUGAAGCAGACCCUGUACGGAGGCUUGGACUCUAAGGAGGCCAGGGAGAAGUUCCUCCAGGAGAUUGUCAAGAUGAGAGUGAAGCAGGAGGAGAAGCUGGAGGCAGCACUGCAGGCCAAACACAGUCUUCAGCAGGAGCUGGAAUUUGUGAGGGUGUCCAAAAAAGGGCGUCUCCGAGAGGCCAUCGAGGCCAAGCGCAACCUGAGGAAAGAAAUCGAGCGCCUGCGCGUGGAGUGGGACCGGAAGAUGAGGGAGGCUGACGAGACCCGUGGCCAUCUAAAGAGAGAGCUAGAGAGGGAGAAAAAUAUCCGGGUGUGCGACAAAGGCUGUGAAGCAGAUUGCCUCAGAGCAAAGUACUCCACACAGAUCGAGGAGCUGCAGGUUCAGUUGCAGCAGGCGGACGCAGACAGGGAACAGCUCCGAGAGCAGCUGCAACAGGAGAGGGAGGCGCGGCAGAGCUUGGAGAGGGUGGUCAGGAACCUUCAGGCUCAACUGGGUGGACCCCAGGAACAAUGACCACCCCACACGUGGCGACACUUCUCGACGAAUCGUACAGGCGCGUGCAGUGAAGUGCGCGGUGGAACUAGAGACACAGAGCAAGACUGCACUGCACCCUUUUGUCAAGGAAAACAGAAUUUCAGCAAAUGAAUGGUGUUUGUGGGAGCAAAGUCAAGAUACGGUUACUGACAUGAUAGAAAUUGACUCUAUAAUAAUAUUUUAACCUAAUUAAAUGAACUGAAUAGAAGCACCAGUACGCAUGUUGUACAGCAUACAGAAGAAACUCUGUAGAAAUCACAAGUGAUUUUAGAGCCCCCAGUCAGAUUCCUGAAGUUUAUGAAUCUUUUGUUUUGGUAUAAGCUAUUUAAAAAAUGUACAAACAUAGCUACAUAAAGUUACUUGAAUAUAUAGGGGAAAAAGAGAAGUGAUUGUUUUCAUGGAAAGACAGUAGCGGAUGUAAAUCUCGCUAGUGCCACAAAAUCUUGGUACACUUUAAGGUAUUACAAACCACUGGAAACAAUGGAUACCAGUUUACCACUAUUUUCUUUUUUUCAAAUCGAUUGGUUUUCUUAAUUCAGACAUUAGUUUUUCCUUUUUGAGGAUGUACAGAAAGUGUUCAGCACCACUGCUACCCUACAGACAAUGCUCACGGGCAUAGCUACGUAUUUACACGUUCACAUACGAACAUACUGUGUACAUGUAUACCAGCUUCUCUUCCGUAUGUAUUGGUGUCGUGUUUAAAGGCUCUAAAGUAUUGGGUAUUGUGUGGACUGGAUUCUCUUUGGCCCACCUUUUGUUCUUAAACAUUUUAUGAAAGUGUACAUUUUUACAAUCAUUACAAAAAAAUUUUUUUGGGGGGGGGGUUGUCUUACGAUACAGUAUAUUGUGUAUGAAACCAGUAUGUGACAAAUGUUUCAAUGUGCUUGCCCAUGCUAGAAUGGAGUUCUGCUCGGUCAGUCUAAUGUUGCCCACAUAAAACACCUUUGGUGAAUUGAGGUAUUUUCCGAUUUUGUAUUGAGUACUGUAAAAUAAUUUAUAUUCCGAAAUAAUUUGCUGCUUGUCAACUAUAGGCAUUCAUUUUUAGUCACUGGUUUUAGGGCUCUUUAAUAAAGCAACAUGUGCUGUUUAUAUGAACAACAUUUCUACAUAUAUACAAAAUAUGGAUAAAUAUAUUUUUUUACUUUACGAAAAGGAAUUGCACUUUUUGAAAAGAUAAUUGCAUUGCGCAUUUAACUCCCUGUUAUGUUUUUCAACUCAAGAAUGAACCUGAACAUAGAAUUGAACAACACUUUAAUUCACUGACCUCUUAUGUAAAUAUGUUUAUGGAUGAUAUUGUAAAUAAGAUAUGUGUCAAUAACUCUGCUUGCUUCACACUUAGAUUGCAUAUGAAUAUUAUUUUGGCUCUUACUUGAAACUAAUAGAAACUCUAUAUUUGAAAUGUUGAUAUUAUAGUUUCAUUAUUGUUCCCUUUCGAUAUCGUCAGAAAUCAAUGGGCAUUAUUCAAAUGGAUUAUGGAUAGAGAAAAUAAAGUGAAACAUUGGUCGAUGACCAAUGAGUGGGCUUUGUGAGAUGAAAACAAAACAUUUCAUAUCUCCUCUGUAUUUUCUUUCUUUUUUAAGAAUUUUCAGAAAAUAUAUCUUAUAUGAUGUAAAGUGUCUACCAAAACCCAGACCAAAAAUGUUACCUGAAGACAAUAUCUCACCAUCCACAUGGUUCUCUAACUUCCCUGUGCUAAAGCUCCUAUCAGGAUACGUAAUGCAGUACACCUUCUAUGGGUUUCAUUCCUAGGUGCCCUUGUGUAUUUUAGAAGAACAUACUUUAAUGUCUUAUAUAUUAGUUACUUUUAUUAUCUCCCCACUGAAUACCUGUUGGGUGCAAUGAUUGUGUUUAUGCUCUUGUUGUAGUUUUGGUUUGGAAGUGGGGUUUGUUUUUGCCGCUUGUUUCAAUGUUUCUUUUUUUCUUUGGAAAACCUGUAUACUACCCAUUAAAAAAUCAAAUCAAGCAUA